GGGCGGCGGCGCUUGGGGGGCCCGGCCCGGCCCGACCCCGCGGGCAGCGCUGAGCGGCGGCGGCGGAGGGGGGUCCCCUCUCCUGCCGUAGUGGGGGGCCCCCGCGGGGGCGGCGGGGUCCCCCCGAGGGCGCGGUAGUGACGGCGGCUCGUCCCCCGGUUGGUCCCCCGGUUGUCGGCUCCCCGCGCGGGGUGAGGGGCGGGCAGGUGGGCGAUGAAUGGGUUCAGCACCGAGGAGGACAGCCGGGAUGGGCCGCCCGCCGCCCCCUUUUACGGCCAGAGCUGCUGCCUCAUCGACGACGGGGACCGCUGCGUGCGCCCCGCCGGCAACGCGUCCUUCAGCAAGAGGAUCCAGAAGAGCAUCUCGCAGAAGAAGCUGAAGCUGGACAUCGACAAAAGUGUGAGACAUCUGUAUAUUUGUGAUUUUCACAAGAACUUCAUUCAAAGUGUUCGGAACAAAAGGAAGAGGAAGACGAGCGAUGAUGGAGGUGACUCUCCCGAGCACGACACAGAUGUUCCGGAGGUUGACUUGUUCCAGCUCCAGGUGAACACCCUGCGACGUUACAAGAGACAUUAUAAGUUGCAGACUAGGCCUGGACUCAACAAGGCUCAGCUUGCAGAAACUGUCAGUCGUCAUUUCAGGAAUAUUCCAGUGAAUGAGAAGGAGACACUUGCAUAUUUCAUCUACAUGGUGAAGAACAACAAGAGCAGGCUGGACCAGAAGUCAGAAGGCAGCAAGCAACUAGAUUGAAGAUUAACAAGGCUUGGAAUAAGAGGGAUCUUGAAAGAACAUGUGGUAUUGUGCAUUUUAGGUAUAUAAAAACUGUUAAAGUAUAUUGUAAAUUUUUUUUUUUAAAUGCAGUGUCUGGAUGACAUAAAAAAAUAUAGACAUUCUUAUGAGGAGUAUUUGAAAACAUGUGCCCAGCAUGUUUCCGAAGACUUCUUCCCCUCAUUUCAAAGUCAUAUUGGAAUAAAGAAAUGAGGAUAAUGGGGAAACCAAAUAAACCUGUAGAACUGUG